UUUCUCAUUUUCGGCUCGGGUAUUCAAAAGAACGACCUUUCGGUUACUGCCCUGCUAGACAACCUGAUUUGCCUUAAAGCAGAUGACCAUCAAGUCCGACCAUCAAGUCCUACCACCAGCAGUUGAACAGAGUUUGCCACUUAUGACCUGAUUUGCAUCUCUGAUGGGUGGAUUUUCAUCUCUGAUGGGUUCAUUUGCAUCUAGUAGCUGACGCCGCGCCAGUAAAGCCGCUGAGCAAAUCUCCUGACCACACACCGUUAUCAAUUUGGAGGGCCGCCGGCCUGCCAAUUGCUCGUUGCUAACUGGUAUGCUGUUAGAAAUUUGGCAAGCCUGGAAGUGGGAUUGUAUUUUCUUYACAAGGGGGUGAUGAGAGAAGUCUUGUUUGUAUAAGAUGGUGUGGGGUAUGGGUAUUGCUUCGAAAUGAACAGAUGAUGAGUUUGGAGAGAGUGAGGGGGUUACUGUCGGUCGGUCGGGUUGGUCGGUGGGACAGACCACGCUUGCUUAAUCAGCCAGUGGCUGACUGAACACAGCUAAUCUCUGGACCCUUCCAUUGAGCAACAAGGUUGGAGACUGACACAGAGAGAUCAACAGUUUGGCAAACAAAAGAGAGGGAGCCAGGAGAGAAGGACUGGAACAAAGUCAAAGAAGGACACAGCGGACAGCAGGAGCAAGAGAGUUGAAUUUGAAAUAGAGGMGAGAAAACUGCAACAGCAAAAAUUUAAGAUUAAAAGUUAAAGAUUGAUAGAAUUAUUGUCAUGGGUGUGGCCACUUAAAGCAGUGAGGCACAACAGCAGAGACAAAAGCAACUUUUGUCUGGUGGUUAGAGGGGGAGGGUGACAGAUUUAGGAAGACAGGGGGGGUCAGAGGUAAAGGGGUCAAUAGAAAGACUGAGAAAGACACUGAGUGGGAGCCGUUCAAGAAGAGAAGGCCAGAGAACUCACUCAUGAGGCAGAGGCAACGGUAUGGAUAGAUAGAAGCUGGCAGACAUAGUAGCAUAUCAAGGGGGAGAGGGGACAGAGAGGGCUAGGCUGAGUCACAUACAGGCAGUCGGCAUGGGGAUAAAGGGCAAGGCGGCUUUGGCCAUCGUGGUUCUACUGUUCUUCCUCGGCUCCAUGUGGCUCCAAGGAAGUUUGGAUUACCAGUGGGACUCUUGUCUUAAAGGUUACAUUCAGAUAAACAGUCCUCGCCAUCUGUCCAAUGGCAGUGAGGCUGAUAGUGAUGAGGACGGGGCCAUAUUGGAGGUGUGUCCCGGUCAGACGUUCCAGGUGUCGGAGCUGCUGUCUCACCUGCUGGCUGCGCUGGGACCCACCAAUGACGUGCUGCUGCAGCCUUAUCUGGCCAGUUGGGACGAGCUUAUCAAGUUCAUGGAGGCUCUUGGACCGAUGGUUGGACUCAUAUCUCAGGAGAUUGAAGCCAAAACUUCCAUAAUUCGUGACCUGACCCUGCGGGAGGCAGGUAGCAGCGAUGAGGGAGAAGUGGGCCUAGCCUUGGUGUUGGUGUCUGGUACCAGAGUGCAUGGUGGUGGACAGGAGGAGACAGAGGCCUCAGUGGCAGCGCCAAGCAGUGCCUACCUGUCUUUGCGCUCUAUGAUCCACACUGAGUUGAGCCGGGGCCUGGUAGACUUCCAGCAGAUGACAGAAUCUGGGUGUCGUACUCUGCUCCGGCUGCACCGGGCCCUGUUGUGGCUGCAGGUCUUCCUGGAAAAGCUGGGGGAGGGGCCUGUGGGCGGCCGGUUGCGGAGCCCCUCGGAGCUCUGCCGUGAGGCCUAUCAGCACACCCUGGCCCACCACCACUCCUGGUUCGUACGCAGGGCAGCGGAGAUAGCCUUCAUCGCCAUGCCUGAGCGGGGCUUCUUCUACAGGCUGGUGUGUGUGACGAACCAGGAAGAGGCCAGYGUGGUGCUGAACAGGGUGGUCCGGGCCAUCGGAGAGGUGUAUGACAGAACUCAGGGGGUCCUGGAGGAGCAUGGCAUGCUGGACCUGCCGUAGGAGAAGAGCGGGGGGGGAUUCUGUUUCUGAGGGACCAGCCACGUCUGGACAUUACAGUAAUACUCUUUUCACGCUACUGAGCCGAACCAAGCUGAACUGAGCUGUACUGUGCUGGCCAGGUUACGCAUCCAUCAUGGUUGGAAUUAUGCUGGUAAGGACAAUGUGAAAAUAAAAUAGCAAAACCA